AGUGUUCUCCCGAGGAAGGAAGGAUCAGAAUUGCUCUCUUGUCUCCUGCAGCCCCUGUGCCCCAAGGAGCUCUGGCACUUCGUUCACCAGUGCUACGGGAACGAGUUGGGCCUGACCAGUGACGACGAGGACUACGUGCCCCCCGAUGACGACUUCAACACGAUGGGCUAUUGUGAAGAGAUCCCCGUAGAAGAGAAUGAAGUGAAUGACAGCUCAUCCAAAAGCAGCAUAGAGACCAAGCCAGAUGCCAGUCCACAGCUGCCCAAGAAAUCCAUCACCAACAGCACACUGACAUCCACAGGGAGCAGCGAAGCCCCUGUCUCGUUUGACGGCCUGCCCCUGGAAGAGGAGGUGCUGGAGGGCGACGGGUCCCUGGAGAAGGAGCUCGCCAUCGACAACAUCAUCGGGGAGAAGAUUGAGAUCAUCGCGCCGGUGAACUCCCCUUCACUGGACUUCAAUGACAAUGAAGACAUCCCCACCGAGCUCAGUGACUCUUCCGACACCCACGAUGAAGGAGAGGUCCAGGCCUUCUAUGAGGACCUGAGUGGCCGGCAGUAUGUGAACGAAGUCUUCAACUUCAGCGUGGACAAGCUCUAUGACCUCCUGUUCACUGACUCGCCCUUCCAGCGGGACUUCAUGGAGCAGCGACGCUUCUCUGAUAUUAUCUUCCAUCCAUGGAAAAAGGAAGAGAAUGGAAACCAGAGUCGCGUGAUCCUUUACACCAUCACCCUUACCAAUCCUCUGGCUCCCAAAACUGCCACUGUCAGGGAGACACAGACCAUGUACAAGGCGAGCCAGGAGAGUGAAUGUUACGUGAUAGACGCUGAAGUCCUCACCCACGACGUGCCGUACCACGACUACUUCUACACCAUCAACCGCUACACGCUCACCCGCGUGGCUCGGAACAAGAGUCGACUCAGGUGCAGUGUCUGGGGGGCCUGAGUGGGUUCACAGGGAGUUCCUGGGGCACAUGGGGGUCCUUAUAUUAGAGAACAUUCAUUAACUCCUCAGUAGGAAGGAGGAGGUUGGGUAUAUUGGUCUGCUGACUCAUUCUUUAGUCUACCUUCUUUCUGGAGCCUCUGAGACACACACCCCUGUA